UCAGAACGAGCUACGAUCUGUUUCUCUUCCAUCACUUAAAAUCCUUAUGCUUCCUUCUAUUAAGUUCAAAGAGUAUUGCUUCCAAUAAUGGAGAUGGUAGCAUUCUACUACUUUCUAGCUUUCUUACUAGCCUUCUUUCUCCUUUCCAAACAAUUCUUCCCAAAGAGAAAAAACCUUCCACCAAGUGGCCCUCUCUCCUUUCCCAUCAUAGGCCAUCUCUAUCUAUUCAAGAAGCCACUCCACCAAAACUUAGCCCGCAUCUCAUCCCAAUACGGUCCCAUCUUACUACUUAAAUUUGGUUCACGCCGUGUUCUCCUUGUCUCUUCCCCUUCAGCAGCUGAGGAAUGUUUCACAACCAAUGACAUCGUCUUUGCCAACCGCCCUCGCUUCCUCUCUGGGAAAUACUUGGGUUUCGAUUACACCGUCCUCGCCUUAGCUCCCUACGGCCAGCAUUGGCGCAAUCUCAGGCGCCUCACCACUCUUGAGAUCUUCUCCUCUACUCGUCUCCAAAUGUUUUCCAAAACACGUACCAAUGAAGUACACUCUUUAUUGCAGCGACUCCUCGCCAUCGCCGGAAACUCUUCUGAGACCCAAGAUAUGAAGUCCAUGUUCUUUGAGCUAACCCUCAACAACAUGAUGAUGAUGAUUGCUGGAAAGAGGUACUAUGGCGAUAAUGUUGGGGUAUUGGAUAAGGCUAAACAUUUCCAAGAGCUUGUAGAGGAAAUUUUUGGUGCUGGUGGGGUGUCCAACAUUGAAGAUUUUUUGCCAUUGUUAAAGUGGGUUAACUUCAAUGGUUUGGAGAAGAAGUUGGUGAGGUUGCAGAAAAAGCGAGACCAAUUUAUGAAGGAAUUGAUUGAAGAGCAUCGGAUGGCAAGAACUCAAUCCAAGGAUGAGAAGUCAUUGCUUGAUGUUCUAUUGUCGCUCCAAGAAGAUGAUCCAAACUACUACACCGAUGAAAUCAUCGUUGGCAUUAUACAUGUUUUGCUAAUAGCUGGGACCGAUACCACAGCAGGGACUAUGGAAUGGGCGAUGUCACUAUUGUUGAACCAUCCAGAAGUCCUCAAGGAGGCACAAGCUGAGAUCGACGCCAUUGUGGGACAAGAUCGUUUGCUCAAUGAAUCAGAUAUUUCUCAUCUCCCAUAUCUUCAUUGCAUUAUAAAUGAGACACUUCGACUGUACCCUGCCGGCCCAUUGCUAGUACCCCAUGAAUCAUCAGAAGAGUGCAUUGUGGGAGGUUAUUCCAUCCCACGUGGAACGAUGCUAUUGGUGAACUUGUGGGCCAUCCAAAAGGACCCCAAUUUAUGGGAGGAACCCACAAAGUUCAUACCAGAGAGGAUGGAGAGCAUUGAAGGAGUAAGGGAUGGGUACAAGUUGAUGCCAUUUGGAUCAGGGAGGCGGAGUUGCCCUGGGGAGGGUCUGGCCUUACGUGUGGUUGGCUUGACCUUGGGCUCAUUGAUUCAGUGCUUUGAGUGGGAAAGGGUUGAUGAAGAGCUGAUCGACAUGACGGAAGGCACCGGGCUCACCAUGCCCAAAGCUAAGCCCUUGGAGGCUAAGUGCAAGCCACGUCCGGCCAUGUUGAGUUUUCUUUCUCAGCUUUGAUUUCACUGUUUACUGACACCAAAUUGUCCCUUUCGUGUCAUCCAUUCUAUGUUUACUGUCAUGAACCAAUAACCCAUCAUAGGUAUUCAA